GAUGUUAUUAUAAAAGGUAAACGCUGAAUCACAGACACCUGCAAUCCGCAAAACAGCAAAAUGGUGUUCACCGUGUCUGAUUUGGACUUUAAGGCCGGAAGGCAGCUGACGGUCGGGGGCAGGAUCCGGCCCAGUUGUAAAAUGUUCUCCGUUAAUAUCGGUCAUAAUCCUGACCAAUUAGCUUUACACUUCAAUCCUCGAUUCGACCAUCUCGGUGACGUGCGAACCAUCGUUCUCAACUCAAAGAAGGGCGAAUGGAUUCAGGAGGACGAAGAGCGUGACACUCAUUUCCCAUUUCAAGCAGGCCAAGAUUUUAUGGUGGCCAUCACCUACAACAAGGAAAAAUUUAAUAUAAAACUUCAAGAUGGGAAUGUGGUUACCUUCGCAAACCGCUUUGGAGAGGAACUUUACAACCAUCUCCAUGUGUCCGAAGACAUCAGUUUCAACAAUGUUUCAUUGAGCCCUAAAUAGUUUAGAAGUCAGUGAGAAUGACAUGUUGACUUCGAUUAAACAUCUUCAUCAUUCAGUACAGCAGUCAGAUCUCAGCUCUUGAGUCUUCUUCUGAGUUCACUGCAAAUAAAUCCAAUGACAAAACA